AUGUAUGUCGACGAUACGCUAGGACCGCAUCCCAAAGAGGUCUCAUAUGAUCUCCUGCUGUCGCGGAUACUUGGCUAUCUCGACCUAUAUGUUGAGUCGGAUUACACGGUCGUCUUCUUUGCCGCAGGUGGGAGGCACACACCUGGAUGGAAUUGGAUAUGGAAGGCCUACCGCAGUCUGAGUCGGAAGUACCGAAAGAAUCUGAAACGACUAUACAUAGUCCAUUCAUCUUUCUUUUCAAAGAUGCUCUUCUCCCUCGCAGGUGCUAUUAUCAGCCCCAAAUUCUUCCGUAAAUUGGAGUACACAAAUACAUUGACCGAACUCGCACAACACGUGCCUCUCACACAAAUAGACAUCCCACCAGCCGUCUACCGGGAAAACUUGAAACACGAAAGCCAGAUCGCUUUGCCUACCCCUGCACGUUCAAAUGUCUUUGGUGUGCCGUUGGAGGAGUUGAUGGGGUACGAAGGCGAAAAGGGUGGUGUGCCUCGAGUCGUCAAGGAUUGUAUACAAUUUCUUCGUGAAACUGGCAUGGAAGACCAGGGGCUUUUCCGCCGCUCGCCGAGUUCAUCUAUGCUGCGAGCCGCUAAGGAUGCGUAUGAUCGGGGUCACGUCGUUUCCCUGCAAACGUUUGGAGACCCUCACCUUGCUGCCGUUCUACUCAAGAAGUACUUGCGAGAUCUACCAGAACCUAUUUUCGCCGAGAACCUUUAUCCCACUAUCAAGCGUUGUCCAUUCCCCACUGCGGAGGACGAUAUGUCUUGCAUCGUGUACAUCCGCGAAACCCUUCUUCCACAGCUAAUGCCCUGCGCCUACAUCCUUCUCAGUAGCAUUCUACAUCUGAUGCAUGACGUUUCCCUUCGUUCUCAAUCCAAUUUCAUGGAUGCCCACAAUCUCGCUAUCGUGUUGGGCCCUAACCUUCUUGCGGGAAGCAAUCCAAUUCAAGAUGUGAUGCUGUGCUCAGUGCCCGGCGGACCUUCGUUAGGUGGCUCCCCAAGUACGCCGUCCACCCCACCAAUCGAAGCCAAGAACACACUGGGAGCGAUUCUCAAGAUCUGCAUCCAACGCUACUAUGAAGUCUUCGAUGAAGUCCCGGAUCGCAGCGAGGCCGUCCCACUCACUCGAAGUACACUGAAGGAUUCAUCACUUGUUCCCUCUGAAUCAUCUUCUACGUCCGGUAGCCCACAGCCAACAAAUCGACCACAGAGCCAUAACACUGACGAUGACAGCCUCGACGAUGGUAUGCUUGUAAUGCCCAUUGGACCCUCCCAUGAUUUUAAAUCUCAGCAGGCUGCUGACGGGGGUGCCGGUGUCCCUCCAAGCGCUUGGGGUUCGCCUACUGGCGGUGCCCCAGCCCCUUACAAAGUCCGUCAGCGCCCAAACAAACCCACAGCAGCCGUACGGUCGAUGCAUACCCCAGGCGGCGAUAGCAAUGUGGCGUCGGGCCAUGGAUUUCCCAACUCCAGUAGCAAAGCCAGAUCCAUGAUAAGCAUCGACAAAGGGAGUACGUUAGGCGGACCAGGCUCUAGGAUGGGAUCUAUAUCAGUUGGCCGAGGAACGACGAGGAAAUCAGCGGGCUCGGGUGUCGAGGCGAUUAGCAUCACAGCUGCUGGGUUUUUCGCCGCCCCGGACAACGCACCCCCCAUGCCGAAGUUGGCGAAGAGACAUUUGCGCGAUACGAACGAUCAUCAAUGA